AUGCCAAAGCUGAACUGCUCCCUUGCAGAUCUUUCCACAUCUGGGGACACAGUAUUCAAUGGCACAGGCUGCCCCGAGGCUGCUAUGAUGUGUGGGAUGAGUAUCUCCUGGUUACUGGCCAAUGCUACCACCAGAGAUUUGGAUGACAUGUGCUUGAGUGAGGAGGAGUUCCUGGUCAGGUACCUGGGGCUUCCGAGGUCCCCUGACUUCAUUCCGGUCAGCGUCACCUACCUCGCCAUCUUCAUGGUGGGCGUCCUGGGCAAUUUCCUGACCUGCACAGUCAUUUUGCGCUACAGAGUGAUGCAGACACCUACUAACUACUACCUGCUAAGCCUGGCGGUAUCUGACCUGCUAGUGCUGCUGAUUGGCAUGCCGUUAGAGAUAUACGAGAUGUGGCAGAACUACCCUUUUCUGCUUGGGGAGGGUGGUUGCUACUUCAAAACCUUCCUGUUCGAGACUGUGUGCUUCGCCUCCAUCCUCAAUGUCACAGCACUCAGUGUUGAGCGCUACAUGGCGGUGGUGCACCCACUGAAAGUCAAAUAUAUGACCACGCGUACCCAUGCCAAGAGGGUCAUCAUCAUGCUGUGGGUGCUGUCCAUGAUAUGUGCUGUUCCCAACACCAGUCUGCAUGGGAUUAAGGCUCUGCCUCCAAUGUUUGGAAGACAGUUUCCUGGAUCUGCUAUCUGCUGUUUGGUCAAGCCCGAAUGGAUGUACAACCUGAUUAUCCUGAUUUCCACGCUGGUCUUCUUCCUCCUGCCCAUGCUGAUAAUCAGCAUUCUCUACCUACUUAUUGGCCUGCGGCUGCACAGGGAGAGGGUAUUGACCAUGGUUGACAAAAGGUGUACCUUUGGACAACAAAGUCUCUCCAGAUCCCAAAAACAGAAGCUGAACAAACGCAAUGUACAAGUCACCAAAAUGCUGUGUGUGCUGGUGGUUGUGUUCGGCCUUUGCUGGGCUCCCUUCCAUGUGGACCGCCUGAUGUAUAGCUACAUAGUCACCUCAUCCGAUCACCACAAGAUCUUUGGGUACGUCCACAUUGUCUCUGGAGUUUGCUUCUACUUGAGCUCUGCUAUCAACCCGAUACUCUACAACAUCAUGUCCACCAAGUUCAGAGAAAUGUUCAGUCGUAUCACCUGUUACUCUAACACCUGGUCGUCACACUCCAGCUUCCAGAUGACCCAACGUAGCAUCUUAAGCGAGAAAACUGCCAGCAGUAUGAAAAGGAAUUAA